AUGUCGAUUUCUAUGGAGCUUCUUCCCGUCUUCUCCACUCUCCGAAGAGCACCAUUGUUCUCUCCUCCUCUACCUCUCCUUCCUUCUUCCAGCCUUUCAUUUUCACCCGUUGCUGCUACAACUCGCUUGCAAUCCACCGCUCGAAAGGCGCGUCGGAUUUGCGUGAUGUGCUUAGUGAGAGAAUCGACUACUGUGGAGAGAGACGAACGUGGAGCUGAGUUCAUUGAGGUUGUCGUCAUCGGUAGUCGCAAAGAGUCUAUCAUUGAUUCUUGCUUGGACUCUCCUUUUCCUUCUCUUCCUCUUCGAUUCUGGAGUAUUAACAGAGACAGCUCUGGAGAUUCUGUCUUACAGCAAAGGCUCAAUCACCAAGAUAAUGGUUUCAAGAAAAUGAGUCCAGCUGAGCUGAUACAGUCACGUCCAACGGCCUUCAUCCUUGUGGCUAGUGCUGGAUAUGGUUCUGACCAGUUUGAAGCUAUUAAUAUUCUUAGUGCAGUAAGAUCUGAGGGUAGCUUAGCUGUUGCUGUGCUUUUAAAGCCUUUCAGCUUUGAAGGUCGAAGGCGUCUUGAAGAGGUAGUUAACCAACUGGCUAAAACACUCCAGCAACACACCAGUUUUUGUAUAGGUAUAAUAAAUUUCCUUGACUACCUUUUGUUCUGGUUUUCCUGCUGGCCAUGUAAAAUGACUAGUUUGAGCUUUCUAGAUAUCGACAUUGAGAUUUUACUACAGAAGGAUAUGGUAACUUUAGACGAAGCGCUAAGAAAUGCAAACAAUGCGGUUUCGAUGGCAGUAAAUGCAGCCUCUGCUCUGAUAAGCGGGACGCAUGGAAACUUUAUCGACGUGAUGCAUAAAGAUCUUAAUGAACUUGAAGGCUCACAAGUUACAACGAUUCUAGAAAGCUACAAAGAGGCAAAGGUUGGUUUAGGAGUUGGUCACAACCUUAAGACUUCUAUUUUACAAGCUAUAUACGACUGCCCUUUCUUUCGCCCUGGCAUAAAGGAUCUAAACGCUAUUAUAUGCAUUGUGGCUAGCUCAGUAGCUCUUCAGAAGAAGGACGUGAAAACAAUCCUCCGUACUUUUCGUCAAACAAUGGAAUACACUGGAGACAUCAUAGUAUCUACUGUUCAUGAACCUGAUCUGGAGCCUAAAGUCCUCGUCACUACUUUUUUUAUUCUAAGCUGUUCAGAAGAGGAAACAUCCAGCAAGGGCAACAUUUUUUCUGGUGUUUUACCUUUUGUUUUGAACAUUUUCAAGAAAUAUCGUUCACAACUCCAGAAGGAAACAAGUAGUGGACUUGGAGAACCGCUGCUUGCAAUGAAAGAUUCAGCAGACUCUUCCGACGUAAAAAUAUCAAACCAGAGUGUUGAAGGAUUUGAAACUGACUCUGAAGAGCUCCUGGAAGCUGCUGAGAGUGGUGAUAGUGAAUACCUAGUAGGAGAGGAGGAACCAUCCAGAAACAGUCGCCUGGCUCUUGGAGAUGAGAAUAUAGAAGAUUAUGGUGCUAUACAGAGGGAGCCAAUUGCUAACUGGAGUAUGGAUCCGGGAUAUCAGAUUGAGCAGAAACGUCCAGCGGAUUCUGGAGACACCACAGUGCUUAGUCUCGGUGUUGUCAACCUUCCUGUUGGUGUGAGACCUUCAAAGAAUUCGAACACUCUCAGCGUCGCCAGUAAACCCUCUAAGAAGGCUGGUUCUAGAGAUGAAUCAUUUUUCAACUCUAAUAGCUCAACAAAAGGCUCUACUGAUACUGUAUCUACCUUGCUAUCUGAGAAAUAUGCUGACUUCACAAAGCAAAGAAACUUAUCCGCUCGAGCAGCGUCUAUGCUGGAAGCUGAGCGAGAUUCAUCAAAAAGAUGGAGUCCUAUCCAAGAGAUGCAGUACAGAGGAGGAUUGUUCAAGGGAAGAUGCCAAGGAGGCCUUCCUGAAGGAAAGGGUCGUUUGGUACUUGGAGAUGGAAGCAUAUAUGAUGGAAUGUGGCACAACGGUAAAAGAUCUGGUCUUGGAACAUUCUACUUCAAGAAUGGAGACGUGUUCCAAGGCACUUGGAGAGAAGAUUUAAUUCACGGAAAGGGGUGGUUCUAUUUCCACAAAGGUGACCGAUGGUUUGCAAAUUUCUGGAAAGGAAAAGCAAGCGGGGAAGGCCGGUUCUAUUCGAAGUCAGGUGAGAUAUUUUUUGGACAUUUCAAAGAUGGAUGGCGUGACGGACACUUCCUCUGUAUAGACGUCGAUGGAACAAGAUACUCUGAAACUUGGGACGACGGUGUUCUUAUUGACCGGAAACAAAUGGACGCCGGAGAUUGA